UCAGAAGGUCCUUCCCUUCAUGGGAUUUAGCCUUUGCUUGGCGGCAGUGUCGUGCGCUUCUGGUGGAAGGUUUUCGGCUGCGAAGAUGUUGAGCGCAAUGAAGAGUGACUCGUUCGUGGAGCUGGGUCUGUACCGGGACCAGCACUUUAGGGGUAAAAUGGGCGAUCAAGAGAAGCUCCUGAAACAGAGCUGCACUCUAUAUGUUGGAAAUCUGUCAUUUUACACCACAGAAGAGCAAAUCCAUGAAUUAUUCAGUAAAAGUGGAGAUGUGAAGAAAAUCGUUAUGGGCCUUGAUAAGGUUAAGAAGACAGCAUGUGGCUUCUGCUUUGUAGAAUACUACACAAGAGGAGAUGCUGAGAACGCAAUGCGAUUUAUUAAUGGCACUCGGUUAGAUGAUCGACUCAUCAGAACAGACUGGGAUGCAGGAUUUCAAGAAGGCAGGCAGUAUGGACGUGGGAGAUCAGGCGGUCAGGUUAGAGAUGAAUAUCGCAAAGACUACGAUGCAGGAAGAGGUGGUUAUGGUAAAAUCGUACAGACAUUCUGAAAAAGCAAAGAUCUUUCCAACAUCUACAACAGGAGUUUGGUGUUUUUUAAGCAUUUCCAUGAUAACGUUUUAAGUUGUCCUUUGUUAUGGAAAGGAAAGUACAAAUACUUCCGUGUGUCUGCUUACACAAUAUCGUAAUAUCGUAUAUUACAUUUUGAAAUAAACUGUUACUGAACACUUUUA